CCGCUGACAGACGACAAUGCAGCCAAUGGCUUCUCGUCAGAUUCGGUGAAACAUGUUGAGAAGCUCCCGCCUUGUGAACUACAACCUAUCCGCCGCUGCAUGACGCUGUGAGGGUGGGUCGCUGAGCGGGCGGGGUGUGCCGUCUGCUAUCAGUCAGGGAUGCAGCUGGCUGUGCCGCUCGGUAACGGGGAGAAGUGAGUGCCGCAUGUGUGUACGGUCAGUGAGCUCCGUGUCAUGUUGUGUCAGCAGGUAACAUGCCUCCCCCCGUGGCCGGGCUUUAUGUGGACCCGGAGUUUCCUGCUUGUGUAUCCUCUCUGGUGGGCCGCGGUAACACCCCGCUGUCUCCAUUAAGUGACCGCAUUACAUGGCUGAGACCUCAGGAGAUUUCUCCAUCCCCACAUCUCUUCCCAGAGAACAGCAGAGAUGCUCUGGGGAAGCAAGGCAUUCUGGGAGAUUGCUGGUUCAUUUGUGCCUGUUCUGCUCUGCUGAAGUCUCAACCCCUUCUGCAUCAGGUUUUUCCUGCUGAUCAGCAUACCUGGGAACAUCAAGGGUACACUGGACGCUUUACGUGUCGGUUUUGGAGAUUUGGUCGCUGGGUGGAGGUGACAAUUGAUGAUCGAUUGCCAUGCCUUGGACACAAACUCUGCUUCUCCCAUUGCCAGGAUCAAGAAGCUUUUUGGCUUCCACUCUUAGAAAAGGCUUAUGCCAAGUUACAUGGCUGCUAUGAAGCUCUUUGGGCUGGCCAAGUUGCCGAUGCUUUGGUAGAUUUAACUGGGGGUAUGGUAGAAAGAUGGUCCUUUGAAUUUGCCGAAGAAAGUUUCAGAGAGCAAAUGUUGAGUAAGAUGCUGGAUUUGAAGGAGAGAUGUGCAAUGAGCUGCUCUGUGCUCCGUAGCAUAGAAGGGUCUGGUGAUCCUGGCCAAUUUCAUGCCUUCACAAUUACAGAUAUACAACAUGGAAAAAUGAAGAGUGGACAGUCAUUGCUUUUGUUUCGUGUACACAAUCCCUGGGGCAGAAACUGUUGGGAGGGAUCGUGGCAGAAAAGUGGUACUAAGUGGGCUUUGAUGGACCAUACAGAGAGUUCUCGAUUUUUAUCUCAAAUUCAAGAUGGCGAAUUCUGGGUGGAAAAAGAAGAAUUUUUUCAAGAAUUUAAUGAGGUUACAUUGUCAUUUCCGGUCAUUGAGAAAGAUCAUAUUCAAAGUAUCUGGACUGGUUCUUUGCUUUCUCACACACAACAGAUUUAUGGUUCUUGGGUUAUAGGCCAAAAUGCAGGUGGAUCACGUAACAACACCAGCUUUUCAGAUAACCCAAAGUUCUGGUUACGUGUAAGGGAGCCAAGCGAGAUGUAUGUAACCCUAAUGCAAAGGCCAAAGGUUGGAUUAGGAGCCCCCGACAAUAUACACAACAGCAGAAAGUUGCAACAUGAGAUCUCAAAUAAUGUGACCCCAAUUGCUGUGGGACUGCACAUCUGGAAGGUGGAAAAGCGUCGCUUGAACAUUCAGAAGAUCAUUCAAACACCACCUGUGGCUGGGACCUCCUCGCACAGUUAUGAUAGACAACUGCAUCUGCGGUGCGAGUUAUUGCCAGGAUAUCAUCUGAUUAUCCCCAGCACCUUUCUCAGGGACACAGAAGGGGACUUCUUGCUGCGUGUGCUCACCAAUGGACCCAUCUCACUCAGUGAAAUAACCUCCAAUAAGCCUGUGGAGAGGGCAAGUGAGGAUGUGAUUCCUGGCAUAUGGGAAACACUGGAGCUUAAAGGGCAGUGGAAGAAGAACAACAGUGCAGGAGGCAGCAGGAACUUUCCAUCUUACCACCUUAACCCAGCCAUUCCUUUUUGUGUGCCCACUAAUUCACAGCUGGUAAAGGUGACACUUCGCCAGCACAAUCAGCAGACUCUGUGCCAUGCCAUUGGUUUUCAUGUUUACUUGGCACCAGCUGAUGGCAGCCUCUGUCUAUUAUCACAAGAACCAUGUGCCAGUUGUAUUCCACAUAGUUAUUCCUUGGAAGUGUCAAAAACCUGUAUUCUCGCCUCUGGACAAUAUAUUGUUGUGCCUUCCACUUACCUUCCUGACCAGGAGUGCAAAUUCUCAAUUUUCAUCUCUACCAAGACUGAGAGGAAACCUAUAAAAAGCGAAGAGACCCUGGGGAAGAUCUUAAAAGAGGUUUCAGUUAUAUCACUCAUGAAGUAGAAAAGGCCAUUUUAGGAUGUUUUACGCUCUUUCUUAAUAAGAUGACCAAAAAAAAUUUGUACUUACGUUUUACAGACUUUUCUGGAAACCUUUUGUAAACUGACAAACAGGGUAUUAAACUAAUCACAUAGCAUGUUUGUCACUGAAGUAGAACUUGAGACUGCCAACUAUAAUCUAAAACCUAAGCUGCUAUUGAAAAUGAUUGAAAAUGAAUUUUGCUUGUCCCUGUGUUUUUAUAUUUUGAAUGUAGUAAAUGUGUACUGUGAUCAUACAGUA